AUUCUUUUAUUCAUUUUUUAAUUCUGCCAUGUGAUUUCAUGUUUUGAAUAUAUUCAUUGAAAUGAAUUCGACAACCAAAUCAUCGAUAGCUCAUGAUCUUGAAGCUAAAAUUUGGCGAUCACAAGAUGUUGAUCCAUCAAAAUACAAUGAACCGAUUUCGAGUCAAAUCGAAAUUCGUACCCCAUCAAAUAAUCCUGAUUUUGUUCUGAAAAAUUCAAAUAAGAAUACGACGUUUUCAUUGAUGAAAAUUGAUAGAGAAAUUGUUGACAAUCUUAAACAAUGUGGCUUUGUAUGGCCAUCACCAAUUCAAACAACUUGCAUCCCGAUUGCAAGGCUUGGCAUCGAUUUGAUUGCUCAAUCCAAAUCGGGUACCGGCAAAACAAUCGUCUUUGUUGUUUGCGCACUGGAAAUGAUUCGACAAGAUCUUCAGAAUGAAGUUCCAUGCCCAAAAGUAUUAAUUUUAGCUCCCACGCGCGAGAUUGCUGUUCAAAUUGGCGAUCUAAUCAAUGUAAUAACUUCGGGUUGGGAAAAUUUUUCUUGUUAUAAAGCAAUCGGUGGGACUAAGGUUAGUGAUGAUGUUGAACAAUUAUAUCAUUCACAAAUUGUUGUUGGCACACCUGGUAGAAUUGUCUCAUUAAUUGAGAUGAAUUUUCUCAAACCACAUUCAAUACGAUUGUUUGUUCUAGAUGAAUGUGAUAAAUUAAUGGAAGAAAAUUUUAAGAUUCAAAUUGAUAAAAUUUAUAAUCGUUUGCCCAUCAACAAACAAAUGAUUGUCACAUCGGCUACCAUGUCCGACGAAAUGACUGAAUAUUUAUCCAAAUAUAUGCGCGAUCCUGCAUUAAUACGAAUGAAUGCUGAUAAGCCUUCGUUAAUCGGAGUUGCACAAUACACAUUAAUGGUUGAUGGUCAUUGUUUGGAUUAUAUGAAUUUCGAAUCAAAAAUUAGUCCAUUACUUGAAGUAUUGAAUUCCAUUCAAUUUAAUCAAUGUUUUGUGUUCCUAAAUUAUCAAACACGUGUCAAAUAUCUUUACGAACGUUUAAAUAGUGAAGGCUUGUCAGUCAUUUACAUUACUGGUGAUAUGUCACAAAAAGAACGAUCAAAAGCAAUUGAAAUGUUUCGAUCACAACGAUAUAAGAUAUUCGUUUCGACUGAUCUAACUUCACGUGGUAUCGAUAUUGAAUCGGUCAAUCUUGUGAUCAAUGUUGAUGUACCAAUCGAUUGCGAAACUUAUCUACAUCGAAUUGGACGUGCCGGAAGAUUCGGUUCAUCUGGUUUGGCGAUUACGAUUGUUGGUCAUGAUAGUAAUGAAUGUGAUAAAUUUUCAGCAACAUUGUCUCAAUAUAAUUUAGAAACAAAACGAUUACAUUUACCUUUGGCUAUUGAUCCUUGGGAAUAUUUCCGCCGAGAAAACUCUCAUUCUCCUGACGGCUUUUUGUCGUCUUCAACAUCAACUACAUUAAAAGUGAAUCCAUUAUUCAAACAAUUAGAAUGUCUAUAUAAACAACUUUUAAAAGAGCCUGAAUCAAUUGUACAUUAUAAUUUCAAGGCUCCGAAUAAUCAUAUCAAUCAGAGAUCGCGAAAACCUUUGUCUCAGAUUUUAGAACAAUUAACUCUCCAAAAAGACGGACAUUUAAUGGAUAAAGAAAACAAUUCAACUAUCAAGAACCAAACUGGAAGCGAUAAAUUUGAAUCAACAAUGAUUAAAUCAUCAUUAUCAAACAAACAUGAUCCGACGCCACCCGAAUCAUUUGCAUAUCAAAACAUCAGAAAUGACAACGACAAUAAUGAAAAUAUCUCUAUCAAAAGAGAAAAUGAUCAUUUAAACAUCAUUUCCCAUGCAUAUCUUAAUAAUAAAAAAGAUAAUCAAUCAUUAUAA